GAUACACUCACUCGUCUCUCGGUUGCUUCUGUCUGACCGGCAGGGUGAAAGUUGAAAGUUCGUCCACAUCUGAAAACAGGAGGCACGUGUGGGCUAGAAAGUCGAUUGUGCAGCAGCAUCACCGGCUGCAGCGAUGGCUGCCAUUUACUCAGGUAUCCAUCUGAAACUGAAGAGUCCUCAGACUCUGUGGGAAGACAAGUUAAAGCUGGCACGGUUUGCCUGGGUCUCCAAUCAGUGCUUGCUGCCUAACAAGGAACAGGUGCUGUUGGACUGGUGCACCCACGCUCUGACAGGCCGGUACAAUCAGAAGGUGGAGUUUUCUCAGAAUGUUCUGGAAGGACUGUGGUUUUAUCUUGACGAUCUGCUUCACAGCCGGAAGCUCCACUCUCUUCUCAAGCAGGGCAAAACCGUCAGCCUGAGGCUCAACAUGGCACAGCUGCUGCUGGACCGUCUCCAGGAGUGUGCACGUGUUGGCUCCAAGUCUAUGGUGUGUGCGUCCACCAUCCUCAGUGUGUGUCAGGGCCUUCUCUCUUCUCCUGCGCUCUCAUCCGUCUUUACCACCAAGUAUGAACUCAUUGUCGAUCUCCUGGCAAAGCUCUGCUCUCUGGCCUGCCGUGAGCUACAACAGUCACCCCUGAUGGCUGAGUCUGUCACAUGUCAAGAUGAGGUGAUGACUGAGUGUCUUCAAUCUCAGCCUAUUAGCGAUUUGGACAGUUCCCAGAUUGAGUCGAUCAUUAAAAAUCCUCCAGAUCAGCCAGAGUUGGAUGCCAAUAAAUCCCCUCCAAAGCCAAAGGACAACAUCCGUUCAGCUAAUUUGUUUGAGGUGUUGCUUCAGGUGCUGUCAUGUUAUUUGUCAGUUCAGCGACAACAAGCCAAUCCUAACAGGGUCUUUACCAUGGUAACCAACCAGCUGAUCCAACCUUUAAUACUGCUCCGACACCUACUGACCUCUGGGGAGUUUGCACCCCAUCACACACAUCUGCGCCUCCGUCAGCAGCUGUCCAGAGACAUCCGCAUCAAGAUAGACUCCAUCCUUCAGUUAGCUCUCUUUCCAUCUGAGCACCUGACCUCGUACAAGGAUGAGCUCCUUCCAUCUAAAGAGGAUUCUGGGAAACGUGGUCCCGGAGGGGCUAAAGGCCCCUUGAAGCCAGUCAGUGCCAUACUUUCCAAACUGAGUGCUCAGGGCUUCUGUGAGCCGCCUCUACACUACACUGUGAAGUCCAACACAAUGUCUCUGCUCUUUAAGUUCUUCCUGGAAAGCUACGCAAAAGGGAGAGGAACCGAGGAGGCCUCCAGGAUGCUGUGUUUUUAUUUCCUCACCAGGUUGGUCCCGGCCUUGGAAGUGUGUCUUGAUGGACAGUCACCCUCACCUGCCAGCGCAGACCAGCCAGUCUCAGUGUCCCCUGGGCAGAAGUCUCCCCCAGUGUCCCCCAGUUCCCCAGAGAGCUGGAGCCUGGCUCUGCUGGCUGUGGAGUCCCUGCUAAGCCAGGCGCUGUCAGCUGAUAUUUACAAUGUAGCAGCAGACAGGAUCAGACAUGAAGAGGUCCAACUCAAAUUCUACAGAGCUUUGGGACAAAUGCUCUUCAACCAGGCCCAGCCAAGCAUCCCAGCGUGGUACCGCUGUUUAAAGAUGCUGUUGAAUCUCAACCAUCUGAUUCUUGAACCAGACCUGGACCAGCUGUUAUCUUCAGCCUGGGUUAACUCCGAAUGCAUGGAAGCAAGAGUGCAGCGGGCCAGACAGCUCUUGGUGUGCAGUCUCCUCCAAACUUACACUAAGCUCCGUCAGCUGCCUCGCCUCUUCUCUGAGCUCCUGUCUGUGAUCUCUCAGCCAGCACUGGACGAUCUCCGACCUCUUCUGCUCUCCGAGAGCGUCUCCGCCUCGCUCAGGACUUGUCUUCUGGACACGCCCGCCUCCCAGGGCCUAGAGAUCUGCUCAUUAGCGUUGGAAAGCAUCAGGCAAUAUAUACUACCUGUGCUGAUGAGGGAGGACAGAGAAGCAGAGAAGAUGGAGAUCGACGGGGAAGGAAAUGAUAAAGAGGAGAAUAAGGAGAUAAAGGUGGACCAAGAGAGAGAGGAUGCAUCUAUGAAGCUAUUCUCCCUCAGCCACCUGCUUCAUGUUGUUUUGUUUAGUGUGAAGACUCUAGACAGUGCCUCUCCUCUUCCUAUAGUCAGGCAGAGUCAGGGAUUGAUGGAGGUGAUGCAACAGGUAGUCAAGGAGUUACUGCAUCUGUUGUCAACAGAAAAAAAGGCUGGAAAAGCAAAUGCGAGUUCAGUUAAAGGAACGCCAAGGAAAGGCAAAAAGAAAUCGGACCGCAAAGAGUCGGAAAAGGUCUCCGAGUCUAAAAUAGCAUCACUGUGGGAGCAGAAGAUUCAGGAGGCUGCUCUCCUCCUCAGAUACACCUUGGUGGAAGUAGACACGCUCUUUAACAUCCACUGCAGCAAAUACAUAUCAGUCCAGACAGCGACAGCAAGUGAGGCUGAACACGGUGCUCAAGUCCAAAUCCAUGUAAACAGUCCACUAUCUCCUGAGACUGUUCCAGCACAUAUAGAGCCAUCGCGCAGACCCAUGAGCUGUUUGCUGCAUAAACUACUCACUUUGCAACAGAUGAAGAAAGUGUUGUUGGAUACCUCCCUACUCUCUGAACCCAGCACUGCAGCACCGCUUAACACGGCAGCCCAGUUUAUUUUAGCUAAAUCAGAGUUGGAGCCGAGUCUGGAUGGAGAGCAGGUAUGGGACGGGCAGGUAGCCAGUGUGAACGCCAGCUCCUACCUUGUAGCUCACUGGUAUCUUGUCACAUCCAAUUUGCCCUUGCUCGCUCCCUACCUGAGCGGAGAGGAUGUGAGCUGUGUGGCAGACAUGCUUGUCGGUUCACUGCUCAGCAGACGGACCGACGGAGGGAAGGACCGGCCGCCCGGCUGUCUUACUGUCCCUCUCAUAUCGUCACAACUUCUCCAGAGCCCCGUACUUGCAGAGUUGCCUUCGCUGUUCUCUGCCACAAUGUGUUCCCUCACACAAAGGGUUAUCGAUGUUCUCAAGGCAGCUCGUGCACCCAAGGUUUGUCCUACGCUGCUGAAGUUUCAGGAGAAAGGAAUCGGCGCUAACGCUUCAGAGAGAGAUGCCGGUCAGCCUCCUCUUUCCACACACAGAGAGGCUAUAGUUGAGGAUAUAUUGGCGUCCUCAAAGACUGGAGAGGUGUUUGUAUUGCUGACUGACACACAGAGCAAAGAGCUGGUAGACAUACUCCAAAUCUUAACAAACCUAAACCCAGAUGGGAUGAACUCUGAGGAUCUCUCCUCCAUUUUCCUCCUCCUCUUCUUCAUGCUCACCUCCACCUCCAGUCAGUCGGACCAGGUGGCCGUGGACGCUCCUGGAUCUGGAGAUGAUGUCGUCUUCCAGCUGCAGCUGCUCAGGAUUCUGACUUGUCUCCUGGAGGGUAGAAACUUCCAAAGUGUUUUGAAGCUCAUCCAUGGUGGUUCUUUGCUGCAGGCUUCUGUGUCCUCUCUCAUCUGGCGGAGCAACAAUGGAGGAUUUCGAUCCACAGGCAGCUCUGAUCGAUUGGAUUUAAUCAAAGCAGUGCAGGGCUUCAUCAGGUCCCUUGUCCAAUUGAUUAUAAUUAGAAACAGCAGCGUUCGACUCAACCUAGACCAGUUCGCCUCUUAUCUUACCAGUAAGGAAAUGACAAACACACAAGUCGUGUCAUCCAGUUCAGAUGUGGCAGAUAAACCAGAUACAGGAGCGUCUAUUCUGUCUGUUCAUCUCCUGCUGGCGUCGCUGACCUCUUUCUCCCAGGCAAUGACCUCUAACCUGGGGAGAAGUAAGCCAAUGGAUCAAACUUUGAUUCAAAUGCUCAAAAGAACGACUGCUUCUCUGGGACCAGCUGUUGAGUCCGUCCUAAAGCCCCAAACUGUCAGUCAGUCAGUCAUCCAACCAGCCAGCAUCCUCGGCCAAGCCUUUGUGGUAGAAGUUGUUACUGUCAUGUUGCACUGUGAACUUUCCUCACAUUCAGUUGGAAGUGAGAACAAGCAGAAUGACACCCAGCUCACCCUGAGUCAUAUGACCCUCUAUCGGGGCUUCUGCCAGCAGAUCCUCAAAGAAAUAAGUUGUGCCCACAGGCCGUUGGACUUCCUGGUUUCCUCUCUCCAUUUCCUGUCCACUUUCUACAAAGCAGUGGAGAAGACGAGAGGAGAGAGGGAGGAGGAGGAGAAAGGAGAGGAGAAGAAGGCCGGAAAGGAGUUGGAUGAGCUGCACAUGCAGAUCCUGCAGAAUGUGCACAGACUGCUGACAGCUUCUUGGCUCUCUGGGAAUGAUGUUCGUGAGCUGGAGCCAGCUGUGCAGGAGCUGCUGCGCCACCUGGUGGAGAAAAGUACUACAGGACGAUUCAACCUGCUGCUGCUUAUGAUCAGCGAGGGACUGGUCACCGGCAAGCUGAGGGCAGGAAACUACAGGGAGGUGCUAUCUGCAGUAAUCAUCACCAAGCUGCUGUCCUGUUGUCAGUUACCUGAGCUCUGCGCUAAAGCUCUCUGGCUCAUUGCACCCCAGAUUAUAUCCGCUAUGGUGUUCCUAGUAAAAUCGUCUGCUCAGGACGUCUCACUGACCCUUCCCUUUACCGUUCCCACGGUAACAUCAAUGACAUCACUGCUGCGCCAGGGGGAGGGGCUCUUCAGCAACCCUCAUCAUGUCAUCUUGGUCCUGGGAGCACUCCAGUCUGUGCCCCUCGACCACUUGACCCCAUCCGUCUACCAAUCGGCAUUCCUGGCAGUUCACGAGGCGUUGUUUGCCGUCAUCCAGUGUCAUCCUCAGGUGAUGUUGAACGCAGCUCCGUCCUUCCUAAAUGUCUUCUAUCGUCUGGUGGCGUCCAUCAUGCAGGAGGGUCGGCAGAGAGGAGACAGUGACACAGACGGUGACGUUUAUCUCCAGUGCUCCAGGUUGAUAGAGAGGAUGUACUCUCACAUUGCCGCUACAGCUGAGAGCUUCACCACACUGUCGGCCUUCAUGGUGGCUCAGUAUGUCGCAGAGCUGCAGAAGGUUACCCUGCGACCAGACGUUAAGCUGCAUCUAACUGAGGGCAUCUAUCGGAUACUGGACCUGUGUGUGGAGCAGGAUAUCAAGUUUCUGACGGCCGGACUGCAGGCGGGAGUCAGAGAGGUGUUCAAUGAGCUGUACGGCAGCUACACCCACUACCACAAAGCACAGAGGCAGGGAGAGGACAAGUACACUGUUUGAACUGUCACAACCAGCGCUCCAGACAUUUAGUUUAGAUUUCAAUUUGAUUAAAUUAGAAUAAACGUUCUUGCUAUGGAAAGACUAUGUUUGUAUUCAGUUUCUGUUUUUGAAUGGGCUGAAAUCUUGGGAUAGGAUGAAUAUUUUGGAAUUAGACAUGGCAGCUGGUGGAUACCAUAUGAUGUACACAGAGUUCAAACACAGUUCUCACUAGUAUUCCUAACAGUUUUUGUUAAAAUUGGGAAAUUGUACAUCCGUUUAUUGCUUUGAAUUCUGCACAUUAACACAAUAAAAUAAUCAAUAAACAGACAAACAACGCAGUUCAUACACUUACUUAUUUGAGUAUUGGAAUACACAAAGAAUAAAAUAGUUAAAAGGAGGUGUGUUUUGAUAAGACCCACAGGCAUCACUGCCUGAUAAUCAAUAACUGGUUAAUAUUUGUUGUCUGCAGUGCCAAAGUUAACUGCAGUUGGUUCUGUUUGGUUUCACUUUUCCUUCCUGUAUCUUCAACAUUCAAUAUAUGGCUGACUGGAGGAACAGUAGCUGUUAGCUAGAGGACCUAAAAGGAGAACAAUGACCUCUCACUGCAUCCAUGGCAACUUGUGUGUGAAAUGUUGUUUCAUAAUUUAGAAGAAGUUUCAUUUAAUUUCAUUGAAUUGCUGAAGAAAAUAUGGAUAUAUGUGAAAAAUGAUGUAUAUUGCUGUGUCUUUUUUAUAAAAACUGAAAGAUUUACCAAAUCAUUUAAAAUCCAAUGCCUUCUCAAGCCUUUUUAAUUGCUUGACUCUGUGCACAAUAUUAACAAUUUCUUAAUACGUACUGAUAUAAACAUA